AUGGAUGAUGCAAUAAGUGGGCUUCAACACUUGCAAAUUCUGGAUCUUUCCUUCAAUCAGUUGACUGGAUCCCUACCACAAAACAUGGGAAAUUUAACUAGUUUGACAAAGCUCGAUCUAGAGAACAAUCAGCUUGAAGGUACUAUUCCCAGUAGCUUUCAAGCUUUAAAUUCACUUGAGUAUUUGGAUCUUUCAAGCAAUUUCUUGAAUGGUCCAAUGACUGGAUUGGGCAAUCUGCAAAAUUUGAUUCGAAUGUAUUUGGAGUUCAACUUCCUGAAUCAAUCCAUACCUGAAUCAUUUGGUAACCUCAAAUCGCUGAAGACAUUCCGGUUGAAUUCCAAUUAUCUUACUGGUAAAAUUCCACAAAGUUAUUCCCAACUUACUGGACUUGAAACCUUGAAUCUUCUGGGAAAUAAUUUUGAAGGGAAUCUACCAGAAGGGAUUUUCAAGCUUCCAGAUCUUACGAAAUUGUGGGUUAGUGGCUUAAGGAAUCCUGGUUUUGCUUUCCCCAAACAAGCGGACUUGAUGACGAACAUAAGUUCUUUGUGA